UGAAAGGUCAUGGAUCAUCACAAGAAAUGAGUGACGUUUCAAUGUUAUCUUCUAUGCCAUAUUUUUCUAGCUUAUUUAAUUUAAUGGGCGACAAUUUUUCUUUGCUCAAGUUGGCCUUUUUUAUUUUUAUUGGUUUAUUUAUAUCACCGUAAUGCAUUAUGCAUCCAACACAAAACAUCAUUGGACCCAAAAUAUAAUCUUAUUUUAUACUCCGAUUUUCGUGCUUGUUCUUCAUUACAAAAGAAAAAGGUGAAACAUAGCCAGGUUCUUUGACUUCCCCCAAGAGAAAUUCUAGAGAUAAUCUGAAAGACUCUUAAAUGUUUCAAAUGGUUCGUUUGAAAGAGAAACUCUGUUUAUUCUUCAACAAUAGAUGGCUCGUAUUCGUUGCAGCAAUGUGGAUUCAGAGUUUUGCUGGUAUUGGAUAUUUAUUCGGCAGCAUUUCUCCGAUCAUUAAAAGCUCUCUUAAUUAUAAUCAAAGGCAACUUUCACGUUUGGGUGUGGCUAAGGAUUUGGGAGAUAGUGUUGGAUUUUUGGCUGGAACUUUAUCUGAAAUCUUGCCGUUAUGGGCAACUCUUCUUGUGGGUGCUAUUCAGAAUUUUAUUGGGUAUGGCUGGGUUUGGCUCAUCGUCACCGGUCGAUCUCCUAUUCUUCCCUUAUGGGUUAUGUGCAUUCUUAUAUUUAUAGGUACAAAUGGCGAAACCUACUUUAAUACAGCCGCACUUGUCUCAUGUGUGCAAAAUUUCCCUAAAAGUCGCGGUCCUGUUGUGGGAAUACUUAAGGGGUUCGCUGGCUUGGGUGGUGCAAUUAUGACUCAGAUAUAUGCGCUAAUCCAUUCCCCAGAUCAUGCUUCCCUUAUAUUUAUGGUUGCCGUUGGACCUGCAAUGGUGGUUAUUGCUCUCAUGUUUUUAAUCAGGCCUGUUGGUGGCCACAGACAAGUCAGACCUUCUGAUGGAUUCAGCUUUUCAUUAAUUUACAGCAUUUGCAUUAUUUUGGCUUCUUACCUGAUGGGUGUCAUGCUUGUUCAAGACCUUGUUGACGUGAGUCACACCAUCACUACAAUCUUCACAGCUAUUUUAUUCGUUCUAUUGGUAAUCCCGGUGGUGAUUCCCAUCUCCUUGAGCUUCUCUCAAACAACAAGAGGACCAUCAGAAGAGGCUCUUCUAUCCGAGUCACAAAAACAAGAUCCUGGUGUAUCUAAACAUAAUGAUGAUCAGGAAAUUAUAUUUAGU